CGUCCAUCAGGAUAUCUCAUUGUCUCCAAAACAUCCGGGACAAAUCUCAGUCCUUAAAUUUCAUAAUUUUAGUCAAAAUGACAGUAAAAUAUCGACUGCGUUUACAGCUGCAGUUAAACUUUCCUGCUUUCAUUUGUUGCUCUGUUGCAAAAUCACACUGUGUGAUCGAUUAAUGUAUAAAGGCCUGCGUAAAUGUGCUUCAAGCAGCAUUUGUUAUCUCUAUUGCAGAACGAAGCAAUGCUGGACAUUGUGUAAUUUAGAUUACGAAGACAGUUGAUUUAGUGUGAUGAUGAACACUUCGGACAUCAAUCGACCAGAGCAUAUCAUACCGGUGUACCUGGAGUUGGAAGAAUUGGAGUAUGCAGUAGUCGUUGUCAUCUUGACAACUAUGGGGUUACUUGGAAAUAUCAUAGCCAUGCUGAAGAUUGUGUGCGAUGCUUCCUUUCAUAAGCCUACAUAUAUUGUUUUGGCUACCCUGGUUUUGGCUGAUUUUAUUUGUUUGAUUCAAUACAUUGUCCAUGCUGCAGUUGAAAACAUUAACAAGAAUAUAGGAAAUGAGUAUGGAGAAUACUUCAUGGCAAUGACAUACACGACAACGCAUGCGUCUGCUGCUCACGUGAUUUUGUUUCUUGGGCUUCGAUACUUUUACAUUCGAAAUCCAAUCAAAGCACGUCUUAUACAAACCGGUGCUAUCAUCAGGUGGUCCAUCGCGUUGUGGAUAUUCAGUGCAGUGUUUGGUGCUCUUUAUCACGUGUUUCGAUUUAGCAUUCCUACAAUUGACAUACAAGUUGUAGUUCUUAGUUUUCGAGGAUAUUUGUUAAUAGUACCGGUGUGCUUCAUGGUAUUUUUUCACGUUCAAAAAGUGAACGAGUUGCAUCAUGCCAUCAACUUACCUGGCCUUAAUCGUCACAUCCGGCGAAUGUCGCGCAUGCUUUCCGUGAUUGUUUUCAUUUACAUUUUAUCAGCAUUGCUCUUUCCCAUCUGUUUUAUACUCAAUUACAACAAGGUGUGUGAAGACGAACGAGAUUGCAAACAUAUUUUAAUCAUUGCAAGAAUUAUGUGGCUCGUGAAUGUUACAGCCAAUCCUAUAAUUUACUUUAUCUACACAAGCAAAGCCCGAGUGCUAUUUCGAACAUUAUAUAGGAAACUUGUACAUGUGAGAAGACAUAGGCAUUCCAGGAGGGAUUUGAUCAGUACACAAAUCCCACCCUCACCGAUGAUCUCAACCAAACUGUGAUGUAUUCAGCGUAUUAAUCCAGAACGCAGUAUCGAUACUUCUACCUCAUUUGGCGAAUAUCAUUAAAAAUCCCAUCUAGACAAUCAUUCAUGAAGUAUGGUGCGAGUUUUUUUUUUUUGGUUUUUUUUACCAUACCAUAUACGAAAUCCUCUAGCCGAAUUCGUGUGUUUUUUCUAUAGUAGUAUUGUAUAAUGUAAUAGUAUCACGGUUCAUACACUUCACUUCUUGUGUGCUUCAUUUUUUAUUCUGAUAAAAUAUUUGAAAUAAAAGGUAUACAGCAGAAGUUUGAAAU